AUGCUGCGGUCAGGAGGCAGACUGGGCAAGCUGGGGAGCUUCAGGGCUCCGGCAGCGCUGUCGAGACAUGCUCAGCCAGGGAGCAGCCUGGGACUGAAGCUGAAGGACAGGAGAUGGGCGUCUACGUCGACCGUGACGGCGCUGGAGAGCUAUCCGGCGGCUGGCGAGAAGCUGCAUGGCUUCAUCGUGCAGCAGAAAAAGCACAUCCCAGAGCUGCAUUUGAGUGCCAUCCACCUGAAGCACGAGAAGACGGACGCAGACUACCUGCAUGUUGCAAGAGACGAUAAGAACAAUGUCUUUGGCAUCUCGUUCAAGACGAACCCUCCGGAUGCUACCGGAGUGCCGCAUAUCCUCGAGCACACCACCCUUUGCGGCAGUGAAAAAUAUCCCGUUCGAGACCCCUUUUUCAAGAUGCUGCCACGUUCACUCUCUAAUUUCAUGAACGCCUUCACCUCCUCGGACCAUACCACGUAUCCCUUUGCUACGACCAACAAGAAGGACUUUCAGAAUCUGCUGUCUGUCUAUCUAGAUGCAACGCUGCACCCACUGCUCAAGGAAGAGGACUUUCGACAGGAAGGCUGGCGGUUAGGCCCAGAGAACGCUAGAGCUGCUGAACUCAGCUCACAGGAAGGGGCCUCAGGUGAACAUGCAAAGGGGGAGGACAUCGUCUUCAAGGGCGUCGUGUAUAACGAGAUGAAGGGGCAGAUGUCUGAUGCAAACUAUCUUUACUACAUCCGGUUCAGGGAGCAGAUAAUCCCAGCUCUGAACAACUCUGGUGGUGACCCGCAGCAUAUCCCGGAGCUCACGCACCAACAGCUGGUUGACUAUUCCAGGUCAAAUUACCACCCGAGCAAUGCACGAAUAUUCACCUACGGAGACAUGCCUUUGGCUGACCAUCUGGCCCAGGUAGGAGAAGUGCUCAACGGGUUCGAGAAGAAGGCCAAUCCGCUGGACGUAAAGCUGCCCAUCGACCUGAGCUCUGGACCGACCAAUGUCACAGUGAGCGGCCCAAUUGAUACCUUUGCCAGCGAGGACAAGCAAACCAAGACUUCGGUCUCCUGGCACGCGGGAGACUCCAGAGAUAACGUUGAGCUCUUUUCGAUGGGGAUACUAUCGUCAUUGCUGCUGGAUGGCUACGGCUCUCCGUUGUACCGGGCUCUUAUCGAAAGCGGAAUCGGCUCGUCGUUCACCCCCAACACCGGGCUAGACACGUCCGGAAAAGUGCCUAUCUUUUCUGUUGGAGUGAAUGGAAUAUCCGAGGCAGAUGUACCCGACGUUCAGAAGAGCAUACAAAAGGUGUUUGAAGAACAGCUUUCCAAGGGCUUCAACGACGAAAAAGUACAGGGCAUGCUGCACCAGCUUGAACUCGCUCUCAGGCACAAGACAGCCAAUUUCGGCAUGGGGAUAAUGGAAAAAGUCAUUUCGUCGUGGUUCAACGGAUCUGAUCCGAUGAAGGACCUGGCGUGGAACGAGGUGAUCAACGAGUUCAAGAAGCGUUACGGAAAGGGAGGCUACCUGGAAGGACUGAUGCAGAAGUAUUUCAUGAAUGACAAGUACAUGGCGUUUACGAUGAACGGGGAUCCUACGUAUAACGACUCGCUGGUGGAACGAGAGGCUGCCCGCAAGGAGACGAUGAUGAAAGAGCUCGGCCAGAAGUACGGGUCGAUAGAGGCUGCCAAAGAGCAGCUGAAGAAAGAAGAGCUGGAGCUGCUCAACGUCCAGGAGGCAGCGCAGCAGGCUGAUCUGUCCUGUCUGCCUACGCUUACGGUCAAUGAUAUCCCGCGGCAAAGGGAGAAGAAGGAACUGAGCGAGUCGAAGAUUGACGGCGUUGAUGUUGUGUGGCGGCAGGCCCCGACCAACGGGCUGUCAUACAUCCAGAUAUUGAACGCUCUGGACGAGCUGCCGGACCAUCUCAGGCUGCUGCUCCCGCUGUUCAACGACUGCAUUAUGCGUCUGGGCACGAGCAGCAGACGGAUGGAGCAGUGGGAAGACCUGAUCAAGCUGAAGACGGGCGGGAUCAGCUCGUCCACUUUUGCAGCGUCCUCUCCGCUGGCGCUGGACCGGUUCUCAGAAGGGAUGCAGUUCUCGGGCUUUGCACUGGACAAGAACAUGCCGGAGAUGCUGUCGAUGUUGACCACUCUGGUGAACGAGAGUGCGUUUAGAGGGCCGGAUGCACCGCGGAUGAUCGAGGAGCUGCUGAAGUCGAGCUGCAACGGUGCGCUGGACGCAGUGGCGGCAUCUGGCCAUCGUUAUGCGGUGAACAUGGCGUCGUCCACGCUGUCCCGGAAGUUCUGGGCGGAAGAGCAGACGUCUGGCCUCUCUCAGAUCCAGAAGAUGGCCCAGCUGCUCCAGGACGCCCAGCGGUCGCCGGAACGGCUGCAGGAGCUGAUUGGCCAUCUGCAGACGAUCCAGGCGUUUGCUCUGGGACGAUCAUCUGGCCUGAGAAUCCGAGUUGUCUGCGAGGCUGCGAUGCGAGCAGAGAACGAAGCUGUGCUACAGCGGUGGCUGUCUGGGUUGAAAUCUACGGCAGCAGCAACACCAUCACCGACGGCCCCAACGAAGCCAUUCCCCAGGCCGUCGUCUGACAAGGUGCUGUAUGACCUGCCAUUCCAGGUGUCGUACUCGGGUCUGGCGAUGGAGACUGUGCCGUUUGUGAGCCGGUCGAGUGCGCCCCUGAGCGUGCUGGCCCAGCUGCUGACGCACAACUACCUCCAUCCCGAGAUACGGGAAAAGGGGGGAGCGUACGGGGCGGGAGCGAGCAACGGCCCGGUCAGGGGCAUCUUCAGCUUCUCGAGCUACCGGGACCCGAACCCGCUGAACACGCUGCGGGUGUUCAGCCAGAGCGGCGAGUAUGCGCGGGACCGGAGCUGGACGCAGCGGGAGCUGGACGAGGCGAAGCUGAGCAUCUUCCAGGGGCUGGAUGCGCCCGUCAGCGUGGAGGAAGAGGGCCACCGGUACUUCCUGAGCGGCGUGACGCACGAGAUGGACCAGGCCUGGCGCGAGCAGGUGCUGGACGUGAGUGCGCGAGAGGUGAGCGAGGCGGCGCAGAAGUAUCUCGUUGAGGCCGGACAGCGGUCCUUUUGCCUGCUGGGCCAGAAGAAGGACGAGUGGCCUGAUCUGGAGGGCUGGGAGGUGAAGAAGAUCUCGCUGGCAGAGUGA